GACCACAAAGUAGAAGAAUUUAUUGGUUCUCCACUUUAUUCAGUUAUGAUAAUCAGUUAUGAGAUGCUACUGCGAUCUUUGGAUCAAAUUCAGGCUAUAGAAUUUAACCUCCUAAUCUGUGAUGAAGGACAUCGUCUGAAAAACAGCUCUAUUAAGACAACUACAGCUCUCACUAAUCUGUCUUGUGAGAGGAGAAUUAUCCUUACUGGUACUCCAAUCCAAAAUGACUUGCAAGAAUUUUAUGCAUUAAUAGAGUUUGUGAAUCCAGGAAUACUUGGUUCUUUAUCUACAUAUAGAAAGAUAUAUGAGGAACCAAUUGUCAGAUCUAGAGAACCUUCAGCAACAAAGGAGGAAAAGGAAUUAGGAGAAAAAAGAGCAGCAGAACUCACACGCCUCACUGGACUCUUUAUUCUAAGGAGAACACAGGAGAUUAUAAACAAAUUUCUGCCCCCUAAAAAGGAGAACAUAAUCUUCUGCCGAGCAACAGCACUGCAACUUGAAUUGUAUCGAAAACUGCUUAGUUCUCGAGUUAUAACGUCCUGUCUACAAGGCAGGCUAGAAAACAGUCCUCACCUAAUAUGUAUAGGAGCUUUGAAAAAGCUUUGCAAUCAUCCAUGUCUUCUGUUUAAAGCUAUAAAGGAAAAAAGCUGCGAUCCUAUGUCUGAUGAACAUGAUGAGUCCAGCCUCUAUGAAGGUCUAAUAGAUGUCUUUCCACAAGAUUAUACUUCGGACACUUUCUCUGAAACUGAUUCAGGAAAAUUGCAGGUGCUGGUGAAGUUGUUAGCAGCAAUCCAUGAGCUCAAUUCGUCUGAAAGAGUCGUACUGGUAUCCAAUUACACUCAGACGUUAAACAUAUUACAAGAGACAUGCAAACGUUAUGGAUACUCUUAUACUAGACUUGAUGGACAUACUCCUGUCUCCCAGAGACAACAGAUUGUUGAUACUUUUAACAGUAAAUUCAGUCCAGCUUUUAUCUUUUUACUGAGUUCAAAGGCUGGCGGAGUAGGACUGAAUCUGAUUGGAGCAUCUCAUUUGAUCCUGUAUGAUAUUGACUGGAAUCCAGCUACGGAUAUUCAGGCAAUGGCUAGAGUGUGGAGAGAUGGUCAGAAACGUACUGUAUAUAUCUACAGACUGCUAACCACAGGCUCAAUAGAAGAAAAGAUUUAUCAAAGACAGAUCAGCAAACAAGACCUUUCUGGGGCAGUUGUAGACCUUUCCAAGACAUCUGAACACAUCCAUUUUUCCAUUGAGGAGCUUAGAAAUCUCUUUACUCUUCAUGAAGAUUCCAGCUGUGUUACCCAUGACUUGCUUGAGUGCGACUGUAUGGGAAAGAAAGACCAUCAAAAUCCUUCCUCAGAAAAGCCUCCUGUAUCUAGAAGCUGCCAGCUUGGACAAAACCAUGGAAAGCCUAAUUCAAAGAAACCCCUCUCCAUGUCACAGUUGAUGCAAUGGAAACAUUUCUCUGGACAACAUCAGACUCUCCCUGAUCCUUUCCUUGAAAGGAUAAAAGAGAAUGUUUCUUUCAUUUUUCAGAAUGUAACCAGUCCAACUUCUCCCACCUAA